AUCCAAGAUAAGGCGGGAUCACAGCAGUGCACGGACCGGAAUGUGAAUUCCGCCACGCCAUGCUCCCCGCAGCCUCAAAUGAACAUAUAUCUGGGGUAGAUGGCAAGACGUGAAGAAGAAUCAGCAGCCUGAACUCCUUCAAUCUCAUUAGCGUUACUUAGGACUUAGUAUUCUUGCAUUAUGUCUUCUGUUGAGUCUUCGCUCAAGGGCCCCAAGGCGCCAAUUGAACACAAAGACGAGCUGGAGCUCGGCACAACUACAACCCUUCCGGGUACUGUAGAACUCCCAUGGUCAGCCCAGUACAAAGCCCUCUGGACCUGUAAGCGCUCGGUCUUCGCGUCGUUCGCCUGUUCGUCGGCAGCUGUUCUGAUUGGCUACGACCUGUAUCUCAUCGGCAGCAUCAUCGCAAAUCCAACAUUCGUCGAGUUCUUCGGCGUUUAUGACGAGUCUAUUCAGGCAUGGGCGCUCCCAGCUAAUAGGCAGUUGGUCUGGAGCAUAGUGCAAUACUGCUCCGCUAUGGCAGGUGCGCUAAUCUCAGGACUUUUGAAUGACGCGUUUGGUAAGAAGCUGAACUUCUACUGUCUGAUUGCCUUGACGAUGGGCGGCACGUUAGUCGAACUCCUCUCCCCUAACUGGCUCGUCUGGAUCGUCGCCAAAAUCCUCUUUGGUGCUGCCAUGGGCCAGAUGCAGGGUACAAUCCCAUCUUACAUCGCCGAACUUGCACCAACGGCUAUUCGCGGUUUUCUGCUCUCUCUCUUCCAAUUCUGGAUUAUUUUCGGCUCUUUCCUAGGAUCCUGCGUACUCCAGGGAACCACAAGUGUUAGCGGAAAUUGGUCUUGGAAAGGUGCUGUGGUCUCUCAGUUUGCCAUUGGAACGAUAUGCCUUGCCUUAUUCAUCCCUCUCGUACCGGAGUCGCCAUACUAUCUCAUUGGUCGCGGAAAGGCAGACCAGGCACGGACAGUACUGCAGCGACUAAGGGGUUCAGAGUCCGAUUACGAUGUUGAUCGCGACGUUGCCACAAUACAGGCGACGCUGGAUCAUGAACGCCAGUCACGCGCUGAGUCGGGCUCCUAUCUUGAGUGUUUCCAAGGAACCAAUCUUCGUCGAACAUUGAUUGCAUGCUUGCCAAUGGCUAUGCAGCAUUUCAUGGGAUAUCCACUCGCGGGAAACUACCAAGCCUACUUUCUCAGUCUGUCUGGAUUCGAAGACUCUUUUCUGAUCGGCAUCAUCUCGAUGCUCAUCGGUAUGAUCGCUAUCAUUGGCGCCUUCUUGCUAAUUGAGAAGACUGGCCGACGACCACAACUGAUCUACGGCUCGGUUGGCCUAUGUCUUUGUCUUCUCAUCAUUGGCAUCCUCGGUUUUGUCAAUCCCGGAAGCCAGGCUUCAAGUACGGCCGUUGCUGCAUUUUGUAUCAUCUGGUCUGUAUUCUACUAUGCAUCCUUGGGUGCUGUUGGAUGGACGAUACCUGGUGAGGUUCCAUCAGCACGCUUGCGCAGCAAAACCACAUCGCUCGCUGGCUUUACGAACUCAUUGAUCAACAUGGGCUGGUCUAUUGCUAUCCCAUAUUUGGUCAACGAGGAGAACGCUAAUCUUGGUGCGAAGACUGGCCUCGUCUUUUUUGCGCCUGCAACGGUGCUACUUGUCGUAGCUUGGUUCUCUGUGCCAGAAACGAAAGGAAAGUCGUUCACAGAGCUGGACGAACUAUUUGAGAGGAAGACUUCAGCUCGCAAGUUCUAAAUCGAUAUUACGGGCCAUGUAUAUGAUGUGUUCAUUGGGUUUGCUCAGACGAUCGAUUACAUUGUUGCGUCCAGAUUCCUGCAUUUGCUUUAGCGGCUGGAAACAUCAAGGUUGUUCUCACACCGCCAUGAGGAUCUCCAGGAUCGAGGCCAAACAACCAGUAUAUAUACAUGCGUAAAGCAGAGAAGCCGGCGAACAAGCCUUUGAUCAAACCCC